UCACAUCCUUCUAUCUAUUUUUAACAUAAUAUUUGUAAUAUAACACACCCUGUGUUUUUAUCGGUUCGGGUAUGCUAAUAUUAUAACCUUUGUUUAAAAAUAAAAUCUCGACUUAUCAGAAUCGGAUGGUAAAUUAUGCUUACAAUUCUUAUAUAUUUGUUUAUUUGUUUAUUUAAAAUUUUAAAUGUUCAUGGCAUGGAAAUUUGUUAUACGUUAUAUUACAAAUUCAUUGUAAUUUCGCUAAGUGGAUUGAAAUUAGUAAUACACUAUAAUUCGAAUAAAUUCUUUGUUAUCAAAAGCAAGUAUUAAAAAUCCAUUUCUAAAUUUCGUUGGAUAAUCUUCUCAUCUCAUUAAAAAAAAAUAAUCAUUAAAAUCUUUUUUUCUCACUAAUAUCUUUCACUUCUUCUCCUAUCUCUAUCAACACUUCUACUUCUACUCCGUCGAUUAUUUCUACCAUUAUCAUGACGAUCAUAACGACCAUGACGACC